GUCCCAUUCAUUUAUUAAUUGGCUAAAAAGAAAACAAAUAAAAAUAAAUCAUCUUCCUUCUCCUUACUCUGCAAGGAAACAAUCCCUCUCUCUCUCUCUCUCUAACCACAGUCGUAGCGAUGCACGAACCGGAACUUCAUGAUCUAUCGGAUGACGCCGAUUAUGCGGCGUCGAUUCAACAGGGCUCCGCAAGCAUCAGUCAGAAUGAAAGCCGCAGACAGAGCACAUCUAAUGAGCCGGAUGGUGCGGAGAUUGUGUAUACGAAGGAUAAUGUGACCAUUCAUCCGACGCAGUACGCUUCUGAGAGAAUCAGUGGUCGGUUGAAGUUGAUUAAGCAAGGGAAUGCUCUUUUCAUGACAUGGAUUCCAUAUAAGGGGCAAACUUCAAAUGCUAGGUUGUCUGAGAAAGAUAAAAAUCUUUAUACUAUUAGGGCUGUGCCAUUUACGGAUAUUCGAUCAAUACGCAGGCACACUCCAACAUUGGGUUGGCAAUACAUUAUCGUAGUUAUGUCAUCAGGACUGGCCUUUCCUCCACUCUAUUUCUACAAUGGUGGAGUCCGAGAAUUUCUUGUCACUAUCAAGCAGCAUGUUUCUCUUGUGAGGUCAGCAGAAGACGCCAAUGUAUUUCUUGUGAAUGACUUUCAAAGUCCUCUCCAGAGAACUCUAUCUUCCUUGGAGCUUCCUAGGGCUGUUCCUGUUGCAAAUGUUUCUUCUUCUACAGCUGAUCACUCCCCCUCCAGUGCUGAUAUAGAGAGGCUUGAGUCAGAUAAAAGCUCUGCUAGUUUUAAUCAAAAUAGUAGGCAGAGGCAAAAAAAUCAUGAUCCUGCUCGUGAUCUUUCAAUUCAAGUAUUGGAGAAAUUCUCACUUGUAACGAGAUUUGCUCGCGAAACAACUUCCCAACUCUUUCGGGAAAGCCAUCUUAUUGAUGGCUUUAAUCCUAAUGAAGGGAAGAAGCACGGUCAGUCGUCAGCUUCUUACAAUCACAUUCAGUCAUCAAUUGAUUCUCCAAAAUAUCAUGAUGAGGUUUCUGUACCAUCCGAUCCAAUUGAGUUUGAUAAAAUAUCACUAGUAUGGGGAAAACCGCGUCAGUCGCCCUUAGGGCAGCAAGAGUGGGCCACCUUCUUGGAUGCAGAAGGACGAGUAAUGGAUUCAAAAGCGUUAAUAAAGAGAAUCUUCUAUGGGGGACUAGAGCACAAUUUGCGGAAAGAGGUUUGGACAUUCUUAUUAGGAUAUCACGCAUAUGAUUCAACGUAUGCAGAGAGAGACUAUCUCAUGUCGGUAAAGAAAACAGAGUAUGAUACAAUAAAAAAGCAGUGGCAGAGUAUCUCACCAGAGCAGGCGAAAAGAUUUACAAAAUUCAGAGAGAGAAAAGGCCUUAUCGACAAAGAUGUGGUGAGGACUGACAGGUCGCUAUCAUUCUAUGAUGGGGAUGACAAUCCUAAUGUCUAUCUCCUACGUGAUAUACUGUUGACGUACUCGUUUUACAACUUUGAUCUUGGAUAUUGUCAGGGUAUGAGUGAUCUGCUAUCCCCGAUCUUGUAUGUGAUGAGAGAUGAAUCCAAAUCCUUUUGGUGCUUUGUUUCACUUAUGGAGCGUCUUGGACCUAACUUUAAUCGUGACCAAAGUGGAAUGCACUCUCAACUUUUUGCAUUAUCGAAGCUGGUGGAGUUGUUAGACCUCCCAUUACACGACUACUUUAAGCAGAAUGACUGUUUGAACUAUUUCUUUUGUUUCCGCUGGAUUCUGAUACAGUUCAAGAGGGAAUUCGAAUACGACAAGACAUUGCUCUUGUGGGAAGUUUUGUGGACUCACUAUCUGAGUGAGCAUCUGCACCUUUAUGUCUGCGUCGCGAUUCUCAAGAGAUACCGUAAUAAGAUAAUGGGGGAACAGAUGGAUUUUGACACACUCCUAAAGUUUAUUAAUGAACUGAGUGGUCAGAUUGACCUCGAUGCGACACUUAGAGAAGCCGAGGCGCUGUGUAUAUGUGCUGGUGAAAACGGUGAAGCUAGUAUUCCUCCUGGAACUCCGCCUUCACUCCCGCUUGAAGAUGCUUCCGUGUAUCCUCAAUUGGAUGAUGAUGUAUUAUAGAUUUUCCCUUUGAAGGGACAUUCGAAACACCUCGAACAUUUACUUGUCGGUCAAUAAUCUUUUCAACAUUGUAAAUAUAUUUUUUUUAAUUCAGAAUAUUCGUACAUAUUUCAUUUCAUAACAUUUGUUAUUUGAAUCUAAUUAGUGCGGACUUAUCUGCU